ACUAUAUGCCUUCAGAAUUCAAUAUGGCAGCCUCCAUGGUUCGCAAUUUAAACAGGUUUGGAAGAAAAUUAAUUCAAAUUGAAAGACAUUCAGCUGUUAUAGCACAAAAGAGAUGUAUCAACGACAGGGAAAUUAUUGAUAAAGUUGCGUCAUACUUGCCGGAGGAAGAGUCGAAGGUAUCAGAGCAUGCCGAGUAUCCCGAUGUCGAGAUUUCAUACGAUGAUUUCAAAUUUGUUAAACGACUGAUUCCACCUACAACAGUUCCACCCCCUCCAGAACAUGAAGUAUACCCCACACCUUCAGGAUGGGUACCACCAAAUAUGAAUAUACAGCCGUCAGAGUAUAAAGUGAGACGGACUAGAAAUCAUAUGUUACCCUGUUACUAUAGGAAACAUUUUAGUGGCCGAGAAACUAUCAAAGUUAAAUCUAUUUAUGGGGAUAUAUGGGCAUUUAAAGAGGAUGCUAUGAAGUAUUUUAAAGAUCAGGGCCUUAGAUGUGAGAUCCGGGUUCACGAGAUUGGACAGUUUGUUCAAUUCCGAGGAAAUUGUCACGAGACUGUAUCGAAGUUUUUGUUGAGUAAAGGAUUUUGAAAGACACAUUUAAUUUAAGUUUAAAAAAACGAUAAUUAACACAGCUACAUUUACUUAAAAAAGAAUAAACAAAUCAUAUAUAUAUAUAUAUGUGUGCAACAAAUAUAUUUGAAAAUAAGUGUUUUUAAUAGAUUAAGAGGAAAGGUAUUGUGUUCUUUGAGAAAUAAAAUCAAGAGUAAGAAACGGAGAGUAGACAUGGAGGAACUUGGUAUGAAAUAGGUGUAACUUGCUUGAUUUGAGAACAGGAGUUUGAUUGGUGCACAUCAAUAUUACAACUGAUAGUGCUCAAAAUUUAUUGCAGAAUGUUACCUUGAUAUAAAAAUGUUGUUUUGGGGUUAUUUUUCAUACACAUAGACAACUUUUUCUUUUUUCCAAUCUGAAGUAUACAAAAACUGGCACAAACUAGUUUCUAUGCAAUCUAUAUUAUCUGUACAGGUUGUCAUUUCAAUACAUUUGGAUGAAGAGACAGAUUCAAAAGUUCCAUGUGUGGGUGACAAAAUAUUUUGGUUUGUUUGUUAAGACUAAUAAGACUACUAGUAUGAAGUGUUAUUCUUAUGUUGUGAUAAGUGGUCUAUUUCACAAAUGUUUUGUAGCAUUAUGACUGAACUUGCUUUGAAUGAUAAAUAAGAAUGUUUUUAUGUAAAAAAAAAACCAACGUAUUUUAGCAAUAAAUGCUUGAAAUAUU